AUGAGUGAUACUGAUGGGAGUUCUGAAGAUAGAGACUACUAUGAAAUUUUAGGUGUUGCUGAAGAUGCUACCCACGAAGAAAUUAAAAAAACUUAUAGGAAAUUGGCAUUGCAAUACCAUCCUGAUAAGUCAAUCGAUGAGGGACAGAAAUUAAUCAAUGAAAUCAAAUUCAAAGAUAUUACUGCUGCGUACCAAACUUUAAGUGACGAAGAUAAAAGAAAUGAAUACGACAAUAAGAAGAAUUUUGAACCUUAUUUCGAAUCAGAUUUUGCAAAUAAUCAUGAUGGAAACUAUAAUAGCCGUUAUAGAUCAAGAUCAAAAGAUAUUAAAGUAGAGUUAUCAUUGAAAACAAGUGAACUUUACAAUGGUAAAACGAUAAAAUUUAAUAAUAGUAGAAAUAGAAUUUGUAAGACUUGUAAUGGUCUAGGUUGGAGAACUAAAAAAGAUGGAAAGCCUUAUGUACCUCCAGAAAUUGAAUGUCAAAAAUGUAAUGGUCAAGGUUAUAAAAAUAUGAAAGUUCAGUUAGCUCCAGGCUUCUAUACUACUCAAAAUGUUUUAUGUUCCUAUUGUAAAGGUAAUGGGAAAUAUUAUAAGAAACCAAAUUCACCAAAAAAUUUUUGUAAAGAUUGUAAUGGUAAAUGUUUGAUUAAAAUAGAUGAUCCAAUUGUGGUUUCGAUACCGAGAGGUUCUUCAAAUGGUGAUAAUAUUAUAUUAAAAGGUGAAGCUGAUGAAGAAUUGGGUAAAAAAAAUGCAGGUGAUUUAAUCUUUGAAAUUAAUGAAAUCAUCGAUUCAAACAAUGAUUUGGAAAGAUAUGGUAACCAUUUGAUUAACCAUACUCAUAUAUCCUUGGCAGAAGCAAUUACAGGCUUUGAAAACAAAUUUAUUGUUAAAACUUUCGAUGAUAGAGAUCUGUAUUUGUCUACACCAAAGGGUAAAGUAAUACGCCCAGGUGAUAUUUUGGAAGUUAAAAAUGAAGGAUGGCCAAUGGAUAAAUAUGGUGCAUCAUUUGGUAAUCUAUAUGUAAUUUUAGAGAUCGAAUUUCCACCAGAUAAUUGGAUUAAUGAAAAAAAUGAUAUUAUUAAAAUACGAAACAUUUUACCAAAUGAAAAGACUAAACGUAAUAAUAUCGUUGAUCCCAUUAAUUCGGAGUAUAUUUCAACAUUUGAAAUUGUUAAAUCACUACCUCAAGAAGAAGGAGAAGAGCAAACCGAACAUGAUACAAAUCCUUCUUGUGCACAAAUGUAA